GCCGGCUUCACAGUCUGCGCAAUCGGCUACGUCGUCAUGGUGAAACACAACACGCGCAGACGAGCCCUCCGUGGACCGGCGGCCAGACACGAGGGCAAUUGGUCAAAGGGGUGCCAGCACAAGGAGCCCAAGACGCUGAUGCCUGUCUUCCAAUUCCGACUCACCUCCGAACCCCGGCUUUACAUGCGGGUGGCGGCCAACGGGCGCCUUUGCGUUGGAGCGCCCGUAACAAAACCGCAGCUCGUUCCAGAUCCAGUUCCGCCUCCAACAACACCUUCGCUGAUUCGAGUCUAUGAAUUGCCUACUGAAGACCUAUUCAAUGUCAGCUACCAGUCGACCGCGAACCACUACUGGGUCUUCACUCAUGGCACUCCGUGGAUAACCGACCUCGCACCUGAAGCCAACUUCCUGUCGGAAGAGCUCUUUGAUCGCUACAGCAAGUACGACCAGAAGUUGACAACGUCGCCGUACAAGGAGGACUUUGACCAGUCGCCGCCAAGCCUUCUGAAGACGCUCAACUCCAUCGACGAGUUCGUUGGAGAGAGUCAACUGGCCGGCGGUCUGUUCACCGAGGACACCAGGAGUGUCUGGCUGGGUCGAGACCUCAGCAGACCCUGCUUUCGGCUGGUGGCGGACCUUGCGCAGGAGAGAAAGUACUUCCGAGACUGCCUGCUCGACCCCGAGGCCUGCGACUACGGUCUGUCCGCCAGCGUCUGGGUCUACUUCAACUCUCUCGCCGCCUCUGGUCGGGAAACGCUCUUGAGCACAGCACCGCAAGGAGAGGCUGGAUUCUCGAUGUUCAUAAAAAAUGAAAUUUUAACCGUCGAGCUGAGUGGGUCCCAGCGUUCAUGGGUUUGUUCCGUGACUGUUUCAAUCGAAACUCGCUCGUGGAACAACAUUGGCUUCACGUGGAGAUCUUACACAGGGGACAUUUCUGUAAUCCUUAACAAUGAGGUCCUACGAACAUGCACCGGGAGCAGCAGUGAAAGCAUAAACGGCUUACCCAAAGCUCCUCCGACGUCGCUCUGGCUCGGCUGCUCGUCUGACGGCGAAUUCGGAGACCCCGAGACUGGCGUGGAAGACGCCUACUUGACCCACCCAGCCCUGUGGUACUGGCCUCUACAACUCCACGUCCUCUUCCUCGGAAGCAAAGCUGACCGUUCCAAUGCGCCAACUGGGCUACCACAAGACGACUCCAAGCCAACUGACCAGAAAGUCGACUACACAACGCUGGUUGAGGAGUACCAGCCUCAAAACUGGUCCCAAUUACCAGCCAAUCCCUAUUACGUCACUGCGGAUGGAUUCUUCGAGUUCACAGCCUCGCCAAACACAACCAGGGGUCAGGAUGUUGAGUACAUUCCAACCAAUUGCCGUAACCGGGGAUCCUACAAGCUCAAUACUUCUGAAGCGUUCUACAAGGUGAAAGACGCCGUCAAAGACACGUGUCCCACCAACUUCGCCAAAUGCCAGAACGGUUUUUCAAUAGGAGCCUGGGUGAUGGUGCCUGCGUCUCUCAGACCCACCAACAAGUACUUAACGCUUUUCGAGGUCUUUGGUCAGGUCAAAAUCGUCCUCUUCGGCGACUUCCUGCAUGUCUUCGUGUCCGACGGAGAAAGAUGGCAGGUAACGCGUCUGGUGAUGGAGGUUGUGCGCGACGAGUUCUUCAAUUUGGGAUUUUCCCUAUCCGGUGAACCCACCAAGUUGGCAACGGGCUUCAUUAACGGCCUCCCACAGACCACAAUGGCCUUCGCCGCCCAAUCAAUGGAAAGCACGGAAGUCCACGAGGGCGUGGUAUCUGGCGACAUUCUCAUUGGUAGCGGCGCCGUGGGGAACACCACCAGCGGUGUUGUUAUCAGUGAUCUCGUGUACUGGACAAGGAUCACAUUAGCGGAGGAGGGUCAUCGAUUUAUUGGCUACACACCCGCUCAACUUCGACUGCUGUCGCAAUCUGAUCGUUAUUGGUCAGUUGACGCCUAUCUGCUCCACGACGCGCCUUGCCACGCGGCCUACGAGAAAAAGCGCUAUGGCGAGACAGAUGCGGACUCACCGACUCCCAAUUUCAAGCUAGUCUCUGUCUACAAACCGAGAGGCGUCCAACCAGUGCGCUUCAUUCCAGACCAGAAUGAACAGAGCCCCACACCGAUACUCUCAAUGCGAAAAACCGACUACUUCAUGCUUGGUGAGGAUGCAAAAACUCGGAUAAAGCAGGACUGUUUAUCAGUGACUGUAUCUCUAAAACCGUCGUAUCUCUUAGUUAAUCAUGCCGAUUCUUGA